AUGACUUCUUUCUUUAUGUCUUUCUUUAAGUGGAAUUUAUUUUUUCUUUCUUUAUGUCUUUCUUUCUUUCUAUCUUUAAUUAAGAUUAAUUCUUACGUUCUUCUUUCUUUCUUUAAUUGGGAUUUAGUUGUCCUUUCUUUCUUUAAUUAUGUCUUUCUUUCUUUCUUUAACUGUGAUUAUUCUUCCUUUCUUUAUGUCUUUCUUUCUUUCUUUAAUUGGGAUUUAGUUAUUAAUUCUUACUUUCUUCUUUCUUUCUUUCUUUCUUUCUUUCUUUCUGUCAUUCUUUCUUUAAUUGGAAUUUAUUCUUUCUUUCUUUCUUUCUUUAUGUUUUUCAUUUAUUCUUUCUUUUCUUUAUUUCUUUUGUUUUCUUUCUUUAAUUAUGAUUUAUUCUUUUUUGUUUUUUCUUUCUUUUUUCUUUUUUCUUUUUUCUUUUUUUAUGAUUUAUUCUUUCUUUCUUUCUUUCUUUAUUGUCUUUCUUCCUUUAAAACCUUGAGAUUUAUUCUUCCUUUCUUUAUGUCUUUCUUUCUCUCUAUCUUUAAUUAUGAUUAA